CAAGAAUUCCCAGUCCCUGUGCUCUACGGUUCUUUUUGUGCCUGACGUCGGUUCUCCACUGGUGUUCAAAGGAUUUCCCCGUAAGUGAGAGAUUAACCCUCCAACUGGCCGAUGAUUGUUCAAGGGCCAACUGUACAGUCUUCUUAAAGGCAUUCCCUCAACUCUGGCCGCAUUUUUUGCAAGUUACUUCAUCCGCGAAGGGCUCUGUGGAGUUGUCAUGCUCACACGUGGAUUGGAGCACUAAAUCGCUAGUUUUCGAGUAAGUUUGAAGCGGGUGGGGGUCCGAGCGGAAGCAUGUGUGGAUCCUUCUUCCAAUACCGAAAGUCAAAGCUUCUCCAAUACGGUCGGUUGUAUUUGUUCGAAUCUCAUUGGCUCAGUUCGUGCAUGCUGCGAAGCCUGAGCAGUUCACUUUGGUGUUCACCUGCAGGGUGAACUGCAUGUCGAUUCUCAACCGUGAUACUUCUCCACAACACGCCUCCAUGCUGGCAGACAAGUUGGAAACGGUUUUGGGUGAGAUGAGAGAUAUGCAACGUGAAGCCCUGCAAGUUCAACGUGAAGUGCGAGACAAUACGGAAGGUGGAUCCCCGCACUUGUUCAGUGACAAGGAUGUCAACGUGCGGGUCUGCAUUCAUCAGAUCCUGGACGUGAACCUGCACCAGGAGACCUUCACCGUGGAGUUCGACGUGCAUUUCCGCUGGACGGAUCCACGGCUGAGGAAAUACAAGACCAGAGUGUGGAUGCCAAGAGGCAGCAGCAUGCCAGGGUUGCAGCAGAAGUGCAAUCCGAACACUUGCAAUUGUCCAAAAGAAACUGGAUGCUGUCAGCUGCCCUUCGUGGAGGGUUUCUACCGAAGGGUGAAAGCUCAGCACUACAUCAAGCCCGUGGUGGAUGGUGUUGAAAUGAAGGUUUCUUGAGUGCACGAGACAAUGAGAGCCGAGAGCAGGGAAAUGAGAGGGAGGGACAGGGAUGGAGGGAGCAGUCGUGAGUGAAACUGCUGCCGAGUUAUUUUUUUCUUGGCUGCAAUGCAAGGAAACACUCAUCACGGAGAGCUACGUCCAUAAAGAAGAGCCGAAUUUGAAGAAAUUUGGAGAGAUCAAGGUGAGCUACACGAAGCUCAUGGGUGAGGUGCACGUUUUGCUUGAGGACUGGCACCUCAACGAUGGCGAUAAAGGCGAAGUGAUGCUCUAUCGCAAGAUGAUCGCUACCUUUAAGGAGAAUAUGGAGCUGCGACGUUUCCCUUUCGAUCGGCAGCUCUUGCAGUUCUACAUUACUGCCCGGGUGCCAGCUCCACACGUGAAGAUGGUGGUGGACGCAGCCGAACCCAGCACAUGCUAUGUGGCGGACUUAUCAGAGUUCAAGGUGGAUCAGACAGAGCAGAAGGAAUGGACAGCCACAGAGAAGGAAACGAACGGGUCCAAAGCGGGCCGGACCUAUUCCCAAAUCCAUGUCAUGAUCCAUGCGGAGCGAAAGCCUCAAAAAUAUAUGGUUAACAUUGUCUUUCUGGUCUACUUGUUGGUCUUAGCGUCCUUCAGCUGCUUCAUCUUGGGCAUGAAAGAUUCAGGUGAUCGGACGCAGAUCAUCAUUGCAUUCGUGCUUGCGAUCUUGGCCACUAAGUACCUCAUAAAUGACAAGCUUCCUUCCAAGUCCUAUGAAUCCAUGCUCGACCUUUACCUCCUUGUGGCUUAUGUCUUCCUGCUCCUUCCCGCCAUGGAGCUCGAGGCGGUCGCUAUUUGGAAUUGGUUCCAUUGGCAUCAUCACCUGGAUAUCCAAGAGCAUUUGCCUGAUGACUUAGCAAGUCACACAGAAGGUUCGGACUCCAACUUCGCCAUGUGGUUGUUCGUGAUCUGGAACAGCGUGCAUUGGCUCCUGAUCCUUCCUCUCUACCUUGUGUAUUGCUCGACAGCAGAUUGCCUGCGGCCAAGUUGGGACACUGUGAGAGAAAACCAGGGGUCUCGGAAGCACCGCUGUUGUUUCACGAGCUGCGGCUGUUGCGAAGAUGAUCACGAUACGAUGUGCUGGUGCUCUCCUUAUGAGCUGGUGCGGGAGCAUGACGCCGAUGAUGACACUGAUGACUUGGGGUCGUCAUCCAGUGAGCAGUGAGAGCCAAACCAACUCUGGAGCCUCGACAGCAACAGGGGGAGAGUGCAGUGUUGAACAAGAGGAGGAGGUUGCUGGACACCCAAAUGUACGGUGUCAACACUCAACACCUGCACCAGGAAUCCAUCCCCAAGCCGUAGUCGCUUGCGGUGUCUCAGGAGUAUUUCGACAUCACCACACGAAGAAACUGCUAGGAACGCGGUUGAUCAUGCUUAUCAUCUCGAUUGCCUUCUACGCCACAGGUCCAGUGCCAAUGUGAAUGUGCGACGAACAGUUUUGGGCA